AAGGGAAUGUGGGGGAGGAAUACUCCCAAACUGAACCUAUGGCUGGGCUGUGGUUGGGCAAAGGCAGAGAGUAAGACUCAGCCAGCUGCUCACAGCUGGGCCAGGCUCCCGUGACCAAGAACAACUGUUCACAGUCUCUGCAUCUAGAAACCCAUCGAGGGAAUGAGGGGGUCUCCCAACCCCCACCGCCUGCCCGGAGGCCUUUGGGGCCCCUUUCUUUGCCUGCUAGCCGGCCUCGUCCUGGACACGGAGACCCUGGUCAUGAGUCAAUGUGAACUGGCCCAUGCGCUCCAGGAAGGAGGCUUGGAUGGUUAUCAUGGCCACAGCCUGGCCCACUGGCUGUGUCUGGCUCACCAUGGGAGCGGGCUCAACACAGAGGCCAUAUUCAGGCUGCCCGAUGGGAGCAUGGGCUACGGCGUCUUCCAGAUCCGGGGCCACAAGUGGUGCAGUCCCGGGGAAGGCCUGUCUGAGAACCACUGCCACAUGGACUGCCAGGAUCUGCUGGACACAGACCUCAGCAAUGACAUCACCUGUGCCAAGAUCAUGGUGGACAAUCCAGGAGGCACAGAUGCCUGGUGAGGGCAGGGAUCCGUGGAGUCACCACUGCAAGGGGCACGACCUAUCCGACUGGGCAGUGAACUGUGGCCACUAAGGACAUUGCUGCCUUUCCUCUACGUCUUUGCCUGCUGCUGCCCUCUCUCUUGUUUUUUAUCCACCACCACCCUCCCUCCACAUCUCUACCCAUCGCCACCUCCCUCCACAUGUCUGUCUACAGCCAGCCCACUUUGUCUCUGCCCACUUCCAGCGGUUAGAUCGACUGACUGGGAACGAGCAGCCAUUCCCAGAGCUUGGAUGGGCCAUGGGCAGUAAAGUGUACCCUUUAA